AUGGAUAUACACGAAUACUUUAGGAGGAUCGGAUUCGAUGGCUCCAAAGCAAAGGUGGAUCUGGAAACUCUAACGAGGAUCCUCCAAUGUCAACUCAGAACAGUUCCAUUUGAAAAUUUCACAAUUCACCUCGGUGAACGCAUGAAAAUGGAUUUGGAGACAGUUUAUGAUCUUGUUGUGAAGAAGAAUCGCGGUGGCUGGUGCCUUCAGGUCAAUAAUCUUCUUGCCUGGGCUCUUACCGAGAUGGGCUUCCAGGUCACAUUGCUAGGGGGACACGUUUACAACACUACCUCUGAAAAGUACAAUGACUACAUGUCUCAUCUCGUGCUAACGGUGCCUGUAAAUGGCAAAGAAUACUUGGUUGACGCUGGCUUUGGAUUCUCGGCUCAGACAUGGGAACCCAUGGAGUUGGUUUCUGGCAAAGAACACCGCCAGGGACCGUCAGUGUUCCGUUUAAUUGAAGAUGAUGGGCUCUGGCAUGUCGAACAAAGCAAAAGGGAAAGAAGGUUCACUAAAAAUGGAGUUGUGACCUCCAAACCCGCACAAGGUUUUGUCAAAGUCUUCAACUUCACCCUAAAACCAAGGACCACGGAUAAUUUUGUAUACAUUAAUGACUUCCUUCAAGACUAUAAUGAUGAUAUAUUUGCAACAAACUCCCUCUGCUCCUUACAAACUGAAGAUGGCGUAGAAACUUUGGUUGGUCAUACACUUACCUGCGUAAAAUACGAUCAAAACGGCGUAGAUUUGAUAGAUAUUAAAAGGUUGACCGAUGAAGAAGUUUACACAGAGUUAAAAUGCAGAUUCAAACUUCAUCUGGAAAAACCAUUUAAACCAAAGAAGAAAGAUGAAGAAGACAUACUUAUUUAG